UGAAAUCAGCACACUGACAGGGACAGUUCAACAACAACAAAGCUUUCAACUUUUUCCUCAGCACAGCAGCACAAAAUGGAAGGUAAGAAGAGACAUGAGAAUGGAAAGACUUAUGUCAGGUUGAAGGAUGAACACAGGAAACCCUCCCCAACAAAACCAGAUGUUGGUUUAAGCCUGUGGGACUCCACUGAAUCAGACACAGAGAGCUUGGUCCGGGAGAGGGCCUACCAGCAUGAGCUUCAGAGGCGAAUUGGUGGCGAGUCUGGCGACAAAAACAUAACAUAACCCCAAGAGGAAGAUACAGACAGCUCAUGUCUGAAAGAGGAGGAUGAGGAAGAAGAGGAGGAGCAGGAUGAGGGGGAACAUUCAUGUCUAUGAUAGUCUCGAGGUAUCAGCACUUGGGCAGGACAAAAAGAACGCAAGUCCGAGGCCCAUUGAAAUCCAGCAGCAGAGCAGAGACAAAGAGUUGUCCAGAUUUCAGAUACUACUGAGGAGAUUACCAUUGGUGGGAGCCAGGAGAAGGAAAGCCAAGAGGACAAUUCAGACCCAGAGCUGAGGUGGCUCCAAAAAACCCAGCAACUCAAGGACAAGAAAAUGAGACGACAGAAGCUGUAUUCAAAUGUGAUCCGUGAGCAGAACAAGAAGAUAAGUAGGAUUACCUUUUGCCGGACGCCAAGAACCCAUUGGGCAGUGACAACAAGGACAACAUGGUUCCCAGAAGGAAGGCCCUGGAGUAUGCCAGGUGCAUCCUGUGGCCCAAGGUGGCGCCCCUGCCUCAGCAGACCAAGACCAGAGAGCCAGAGUGGGCCCAGGAGGGCCCCAGGGGCCACACUCGCCUCCUGGAGGGCUUCGACAUAUCCCAGCUGGCCACACUGGAGGCCCUGAGGAAACGGCGAGAGCAGGAGAAACAGACCGUGGCCCACUUCAAGGUGGUGCACACCAUCUGACACUACGCCGGCCCAGUUACUUUACAACACACUGGAGUCACGCAACAACAGGUUUCCCCUUACAGCUGACAUGGCCAUUUAACUUUUGGGGAAAGGCAGUAUAUGGACUAUAUAUUAAUAUACCUUAUUGAAGUUUGAAUAAUAUGCAAAUGUUUGUACACAUUUCAGAUAAAUAAUGCUCUUGCUAUUGACAAUGAUUCCACAAUUCCUUGAAUAUCUCUCUGCUAAUAUUCCUUACAAUUGCUCAUGAGUCAUGACUUGAGUGCACAUGACCUGAAAAUGUUUAAUACAGCUGCUCAAGUCAAUUCAGGCAUAACACAUAUGGUUUGUUGUUGUACAAUACUACACAUACAGUGUUAAUAGUACAAUACUAUAUACAAUCUGAGAGAACAUGUACACCUUCUAAAGCUUUGUGUAGGUUGUUUGAUGACAAGGAAUCGGCAACUGAGUACAAAGACCAUGGCUAGACCAUUGGUAGAGAUCUAAUGGUCAAAUUGUUGUCAUAAUGACAAAGGACACUUAUGGAAACACUAAAAACAUGGUGCUCUCCGCCUUUUCUCUUUUUUUUGUUUGUUUUGAUAGCACUCGACAUUGAAACAUCCUUUGUAAAUUCAACAAUACAUCAUUAAAUUGGAAAGCUUUUGGUACUGCGGGCUAUAUUGUCUCAUUUUUGGGGGGUACUAGUCGGUAAUUCACACGUUGGCAUUUUAUCCACAUUUCCAAUUUGCCCCCUUUCACCCUCUCACGCACCUGGUUGCUGCUGUUAAUCUGAAAUAAUCUGCUCUUUUUGUUCUGUGCCUGAUUAUUUUCUCCCUGUAUCCCCCAGUCUCUACUUCCAGAUACAAAUGAGUCAAACAAAGAUGACCCUUUGAAGCCCACCUGAUUAGGGCUCCGUAAACUAGUGAUAAUUUUCCCACCAAUAAAACAAAUCUCAAGCACCCCCCAUUUCUUUAAUAGAACCGUCAGAUCAUUAUAAAAGAGCUAUUUACUCCUAUGUAAUAUUUUAAUUUGAUUAUAGUCUCUAUUUAACCCAUCAUGGCGUCUUUGAUGCACUGUGUUUUUAGUGUUUAAGCCUCAGAUGCGUGGGGGUAAUAAUAAAUACCGGACCUUUUGAAUUAAUGAGAAACACUGCCUAUCCAGACCAACUCUCUUUGCAUCUUUCCCCCCCACCCCUCUUUUGCCAUAGAAAUCCAGUUAAUUGAAGGAGUCUCUCACCACCACACAUGAAGGGGGCUAAAUUAGCAUCCCUUUCUGCCGAUUGGAAUAGCCGGGGCAGACGCGCACGCUUUGAUGUGAGGACAGCGCCUAAGUAGGCGGCAGGCCCCUGAAAAUGAGCUGAUGGCCCCACUAUUAGGCCCAAAUGCAGAUGCAUCCAUGUGUUGCAAAACGCUUAAUCUUUUAAUUGAUCACCUUCCGCACAGCCUAUUCUCUUCAACGCUUUUUAUUUUCUCUGUAAAUCUGCAUCACGUUUUGAAAACGACAUGAUUUGCUUUUCAAAGGGCGGGAGAGUGCUGUGUAUCCUGUUUGGAUGAGCCUGUUAAUGUAAACCUUCUAAAUUGAUGGGGAGCUGCCUCCUGGUGCACAUUUAAAUGACUGAAUAAAUUAAAUAAUAGCUGGUAUUGAUGAUUUUGGCCUGUGUGCGUGUGAGUGCGUACGUGUGUGUGUGGGUAUGGUGUGUACACAUGUGCAUGCUUUUAAAGGCUAAGGCCCAGAAGGCUAAGGCCGGCUCUGACUGCAAGUGUGGGUAUAGAUGUGGGUACACAGACCCGCUAGACACUGCGGCCCCUCAUGAUGAGUUCAGAUUUUUGUGGCCAUCAAAGUUGCCCAUGCCUGCUAUAGAUGAUCACAGUUCACUAAUUGAGCUAUGAACAAUGACCAUUGAAGUUCCAUUACGUUCUGAUCAAACCAAUGUGUUCCCAGUGGUCCCCUGGCAGUGCUCUGGCCAGGUUCUCCAUGAUUAGGUUUUUGGUCUCAGGGAUGACCUCUAUGGAUUGGAAUCCACCCACUCACUCUUGUUACACUACUACUUUGGGUGUGCCAGGUCAUCUAGAGGUUAGAGAGGCGGUGCAGCAACCGAAGGGUCGCCAGUUCAAAUCCCAAGUCUGAUAGGAAAAUCUUGUGGCAAGUGGCAUGCGGAAAGCCAUUGCACACUUGAGCAAAGCACCUAACAUAAUCUGCUCCAGGGGCAGACCCUGGCAUGCAACUCCUUGGUGUAGGUGUUUGUGCUUCUCUGGGGUUUGGGUUAAAAGGCAAAUUGUCUGAAAAGAAAAUGGAUAAGAAAGUAUGUUUCUACUAGAGGUGAUACCUAAAGAAAAAUGUAGCACUCAUUGCCAUAGCAGAAGAAAUUGGUGUAGUUACUCAAAUGUAAAUCAUUAUAUUUCUAUGUUUACUCACCUGUAGGCCUAAAGGGUAGUGUUUGCAUGCUAUUAGUGAUUAUUAUCUAAGGUGAGUAUCUUCUAAGAAUGUGUACAAACAACAAACCAAUUCAAUGGGCCAAAGGCCCUACUGAUCCUUAUCAUAUUCAGAGAAAAUGAAAAAUGGGUGUGUUACGAAGGAGUUACUUUCACCAAAACAUGGACAUUAUUUUCAAUAUUGUGAUUUAAAACUCCCAACAAUUACUGUUGUGUUUUGAUUAAAACAUGCUAUGUGUUAUUACUGUAACAUCUCUGUGUAUCAUUCAUUAUACAAUGAAGCGCUAUCAAAUCCCUUAGCCUAAUUUGUCCCAAUCCUUUUCUGUUUAAGGUCCAACGCAGCCAUUUUUUAAAAUCUCAAUAUCAAAUCCUUUCUGGGUAAC